AUGGUCAGCCGCCGUUUUUUCCCUCUAGCGCUGGAACCCAGUUCGAAAUCCUUGUCGCAGAGCUCUUCUUUCAUCAGAGAGUGGAAGAAACUUCCUCCGUCCACGACGUCUCUACCCCCAACAUUGUCAAAAUCCAUCACAAGAACAAAAAGAAAUUAUUCCAUUAAUAGAAAAUCGAGUAUGAAAUUGAAACAGAGGUUUAGCAGACAUAACGGCGAAAUCACCGGGGAAAUAGACGCAAGGGGGAGGAGUCCGGAGAGGGUCGCAAGAGAAGAGGCCAAAAUCAAUGAUGCCUCCGGAUACUGUGUCGCUCGCCAUAUAUGAUUCGAGACAAAGAGAGAUUUUGGGCAUUCUGUUUCUUCUCCCGCUACCAAUUACUUACCGCUACCAAUAUCAGAAGGGGACGGUCUGAGAUGGUGCUUCCAUUGGGUGGGUAAUUUUUAGAGACAGGUGAGCAGUUGCGGAGGAAAUCAUGAGCAAGGAGGUCGAAGAUGGUCAACAUCAGUAUCUCAAGAUCACCAUUUGCAGCUGGCCAGCAACAACAUACCAAUGACAGGAGUAGUCUCCAGCUCAAGACAU